GGUCGAGAAGCUCUGUCUGUCAACAAGAGUCUGGGGGAGUUGAGAGUGAGUCAGGCGGUAGUUCUGUGACUGAGUUUUGAUCGGUGGAGGGCUCACGUGCCCCUUCUAGCCAGCAUGACGGUGGCUGAGUUCUUCGGAUGCGGCCUGAUCGCCUUCGGGCCGCCAGUCUCCAUGUUCGCUCUCACCAUAGCACACGACCCCAUCAGGACCAUUAUGCUGGUGGCCAGUGCAUUUUUCUGGCUGCUGGCAUUGCUCUUCUCUUCCAUCCUGUACUGUGCAGUUGUACAGCUGCAAGACACAUUAGCAUUUGGACUGGUAUUCUCUGUGUUAUUUCAGGAACUGUUCAGAUUCCUGUGGUUCUUGCUCAUCCAGAAGGCAGAGGGAGGACUGAAGAAGGUCAGCGAUGGAAAUGUCCAAAUUGUUGAGAACAAGCACAUCUUAGCAUAUGUGUCGGGCCUCGGCUUUGGUGUCAUCUCCGGCGCAUUCUCCUUGGUCAACGUCUUGGCUGACAUGACCGGCCCCGGCACCAUUGGCCUCUUCCAUGAUCCCCAGAACUUCUUUGUUGCCUCAGCUGUAACCAGUUUGGCCUUUGUCCUGCUGCACGUGUUUUGGGGCAUCCUUUUCUUCAAUGCCAUUCAUCGGCGUGUCUACCUACAGCUGGCAUAUGUGAUCCUCUGCCACCUCCUGGCAUCUUGCAUUACUCUUUUGAACCCAAGGUACUCUAUCACACUGCCAACAGUGUGGAUUCUUACUGUGCUAUCUGGGGUGUUUGCCUUCAUUGUGGCUGGUGGCUCUCACAGGACUAUCCAGGCUGCCAUUAAGGGUACCACCACCAUCACCUCCUCCACCAGGGUCCUUGAAGUCAACGUUAAUGAAGGAGCAGACAAUUCCUCUAGUGCAGGUCACUCCUCUCUGCUGAGCGUUCAUGAAGAAUGGUGAUGCUGCUUCUGAUGUUGAGGUAUUUGCUGAACAAAGCAAGAAACAGCAUUAUGACUAUCACCUAUAAGGAGAACCAUUUAGUGCCACAGGUGAAGAGAGUGUUCCAAGCAGGUGACAUUAACCUUAAUGUAUGUGCUGUGCUGUCUAUAAUAGACUCUGAGCUUUGAAGUAACAUUGGUAAAAAAAAGCAUCUGAGAAAGAAAAUAUUAUGUCAGAAUAUGACACAAUAGAAAAUGUGAUCUUGGGUAGUUUAUUCAGAUCCAGAUUAAUAUCUGUGAGGUGGUGGGAUUGCUGCUCUUCAGUCAGUGUAAACUAAUUGCAUCUGUGUUGUGUAGGAAUUGUUAUCUACAAGGUGUCUCAGGAGGAAAGUCACUUAUUCUCAGAUUUGAGAAUUUGAGAUUCUAAGUUAGGAAUGUUCUAUGGUCAAAUGUUUUUAAUGCCAGUGCACUAAGAAUUGACAAGGGGAAGAGGGAAAAGAGAGGGCAGCAGUGAUGUAUGUGAGUAUCAUGAGGAUGUAACUUUAUUACACACCAAGAUUUUCAUAAAUAAAGGCAUAAUUUAAUUUAAAAAAAAGUGUUUCGUUGCAGCAAGUAAUAGUUAAAACAUAAUUGUCAUAUGGCAAUGUCAACCAACUGGACAUUGUGGGGAUGGCACAUGUGUAGCCACCUGCUACUGAUGUGCGUUCAUCCUGUAACAUCUAAACCAUGGCAUUAAAAAGCAUUUUAUGACUUUGAAUGACUUGCUCUUUCAUUUCUGAGAAUGCAUUCCUUUUCUCCUGGGACACCCUGUAUAUGUACCAUAAUGUCACUGUAAAGACAAUGUGAUUUUGUGCAUUAUGUUUGAAUCUUGCAUAAUAUAUAUUUUUCUGUAAAAAAACCCCCACACCUUUAUUGUGGUAAGAUCAAGGCCUGGAGUUUCAUUAUGAAUUUGAGAGGUAAACUUUUGUUGCAAUCAUUAAGAUUGCAACAGUUAAAUUAAGUUAAAUUACCUGAAAAAGUACCAGCAUGCAGCUUAAAAUUUUUUCAUUCAUUGCAAAUUAAUAUAAACUUGACUUUGUAUAUCAAAAUCUUGUAUGGUUACAUUUGGUAUACAGUGUAUGGUUAAGAUUUACAUUUACAGGGUAUAUAUUUAUAUAUAGCUAGUGAGUGUAGUUGUAACAGUCUUCUUUGCUAAUGUAUACAUUUUUUGUAUGUAUGUAUGUGCAUUUUGUGUCAUGUGUGUACAAUGGCUUUUCCCUGCACUCUGUGGGCUGCAUUGGCUGCAUCCCAGGGAGACUAUGUAGGAGAGUACUUUUAUUUAUUUAUUUAUUUUAUUUUAUUUUAUUUAUUUAUUUAUUUUUUUUAAGGAGGGACACUGGCCAAGGGCAACAAAAAUACAAUUAAAAAAAAAAAGCCCAUUGAGAUACUGGUCCCCGAUUAGGGUCCGAAGCGGUAGUAAAGAAAUGAAGGAUAAGUGUCUUGAAACCUCAAUCUUGAAAGAAUCCAAGUCAUUGGAAGGUGGAAAUACAGAAGCAAGCAGGGAGUUCCAGAGUUCCAGAGUAUCUGACAGUUUCUCCUUGGUCAUGGCCAGCUGUUGGCUCACUUUUGUAAACAGUUCCAUCUCCAGCUUGAUCUCCAGUGUUCUGAUGUGGGUGAUCUCAGUAAUCUCCUGGGUCUGAGCCUCCAUGGGGGCCUGCGUCAGAACAAUGGAGAAGAUGAUGGAAAAGAAACACAUUGGUGUAGAGUUUCAUGUAUAUUAACAAGAAAGUGACAGGAGAGUACAAAGGUAGCAUAUAGAACUUGGGAAUGGUGUGUAAGUUCCUGUGUUACUGGCAGACACAGCUCACAGCACAGAGAAAAACUAUUGUACAUACAUGACAAAAUACACAUGUAUAUACAUACAAAAUAAAUAUACCUCAGCCUAAAGGGCUAUCACAUAGUUGUGAUGAGUGAAAGUAUACUUGAUCUGUAUACAUUUAGAUUUUUUACAUUUAUCUUGUAAAUCUCCGGGGUUUUCAAAAUAUGAAAUGUGGUUAAGGAGUUAAGGAAUAUAAAUUUACACAUAUAUAGUGAGAUAUAAAGCAUUAGGUAAUUUUAUACUUAGCAAAGAUUGAGUGUGACCAAAUCUUAUUAGCUGAGUAUGAGACUUUGGCAGUAAGUGUACCAGUUAAUGCAGGACAAAAUGGAAUGGAAUUUUACUUUGACAGGAGAUGAAGUUUAAAUAAAUGCCAAUAAAAAAAAGUAAGGAAAUUUAUCAGGAAAUGAGGAAGUUUUCCAUUACAAGAUAGCAAUAGUCUCUUGAUAAGACUCUUAUUAACCACUUCAGGCUAAUCAUAGAUUUGUCUGUAGUGUUGUAUGUAAAUUUUUAUUGUGUAGAAAGUUAUAUGUGUCAGUGGUACAAAAGUAGUUACACUCCAGCAACUUAAUUUCUGUAAUGAACAUUUUAUAUGCAUGUAUUAUGCACAGAAUCGGUCAUAAUGGUGAAUGUGACAGGUAAUUCUUGGUGCACUGGAAGGCAGCAUUGGCCAAAGACUUUAUAUCUGGAACUGACUGACUAGAAAUAUGAGGGUGCACUUUUGGACUUCUUCAAACUUAUCUGGAAUUGACUGACUAGAAAUGUGAGGGUGCUCUUUUAGACUUCUUCAAACUUAUGCUUUAACUUUUCCAUAUGCUGUAAUUAUACAGUUUUUAAAUAACUCUACUUACAGUACCUUACUGUCAAACAAAUUUAAUUCUCAAGUUGGACACAAUGAAUUAUGACAGAGGUACUGUACUUAACAAUGUUUUUUUUUUAAAAGCAUACUGAAACCUCUAUUAAACAUCCUUUAUUUCAAAUGAUUGUUAUUUUUGCUACAUUAUAAUAAAGUUAUAAGUAAGA